AUGGAUACCACUACAUCUCCCGCAAAUCCUACACCCAGUAAGGCCUUGGAGCAGAAACAUUCCCGCCUACGAGGCAGGAUCAACAGAGCCAGAAGCAGCCGCAUGCGUCGAGGUUCCUCGGCCCGAGACUUGAUGCCUGCUGCUGACAAGGGGGCAAAGAGGAGGCAACUAGUACGACAUGAUUCCUUCGCGAGCCUUCAUCCUAACGAGAUCCUUGAUCUGUUGGUAGUCAGCGCCAACGAGGAUCCAAGCAACAGCUUUCACUGUCUUCAGACUAUCAAGAACAGCACUUUUGAAAAGCCCAGACGAACCAGUGCAACUGAGUUGAGAGGAAGUCAAUCGACCAAGGAAGUGCCGUCUUCAGUGGAGCUCUGCUGA